GUUUCGUUUUACGAUACCUCCUGCUCGGUAAUGGCGGAGAAACUACCUGUCCAGGCCGACGAGACGAGGAACGAGACCGUGAGGAGAGGUGGCGUAGGGGGGGACAACGGGCGGAAGAAGGCGAUCCCGAAGGGAGUGGUGCUGGACAAGGAUGGCAAACCGUGAGUUUCCACCCGCUCCCGCUUGAUGUACAGCAUCUAAAUCGCGUUAUAAAAGGUAUUGACAUUUAGAAUCUAGCUGCCGCUCAUGCACCAGCUUCCGCGACUGGGCUGAGAUGACCAGGAAAGAAAUCUCCCCCCCUCGAUCCAAAGAACCCCCCUCAACAACACCUGCGGCCGCGACCUCCCUCCCACCGGACUGUCCCCCGGACGUCGAAACCCUCGGCCGCUCAACGUGGACCCUCCUGCAUACCAUAGCCGCUACCUACCCCGCCACCGCGCCCCCGGAAAAGCAGGCCGAGGUGAAGACCUUUAUGAACAUCUUCUCACGGAUAUACCCCUGCUGGGUGUGUGCUGAAGACUUCCAGCACUGGAUCGAGCGCCCGGAGAAUAGGCUUGUGCCCGGCCAGGAAGGGGGACACCUCGGCGGGAGGGCUAGCUUCGGGCAGUGGAUGUGCAGAGCGCAUAACGAAGUUAAUAGGAAGCUGGGGAAGAAUGAGUUUGAUUGUAGGAGGUAUGAGGAGCGGUGGAGGACUGGCUGGGCUGAUGGGAGGUGCGAUUAGAUUAGGUUGGGUCCGGACGUGGGAAAGGGGAGCUAUAGGAGGUGCCAAUAAUUGUAGAUAUUGUGCUACGGGUUAUUGUGUAAAAUAGAGGUAAACCCCGGUUCUCUCU